AUGAAUUCUGAUUCCUUCGACCCUAAUUUCGACCCCGAUAACUCCUCCACCUUGUACCUGGAGAGGCUCCCGCCACAAAAUAUUUUGAGAAUGUACGAGAACUACGGCGCUGUUCACGGGCGAUUCACGUGGGAGGCUCGACAACAGGAGAAGAUUCUCAAUACUUACACCAAGAUUUGGGGCACAGACGAACUUCUUGUCUCCUUCGAUGAACUGGACAUGACCUUACUCGGCCUCAUUGCGCCCCAGACCUACUGGCUAGCUAUGGCCGGAGAACUUGGCGAGGACUGA